AUGAAUGAUUGGGAUAUUCAUUUGAAGUCAAUUGUAUUCGCAUACAAUACAGGCCGACACGCAGCGACUGAAUAUUCUCCUUAUCAAUUACAAUUCGGACGGCAACCAAAUCUCCCACCGGAUCCACCUAUUACACAGUACGAAUUUUUGAAGCCUAGUGAUUAUUUUCAAUAUUUUAGACGAACAUUGACAUUGUAUCAUCGGCAUGCAAAAGACAACAUCGUCAAACAUCAACGAUAUUAUAAAUCAAAUUAUGAUACUCAUCGUUUGGAUAUUCAUUUCAAGGUGGGUGAUCGCGUACUCAAAAGAUUAUCAGGCUCACGAACAAAAUUAUCAUCAAUUUACUCUGAUCCAAUGAUUGUCCUCGAUGUUCGACAUCCCACAUAUUGGAUUCGUGAUGAGCUCAACGAUAUGGUGUAUCAAGCACAUGUCUCGCAAUUACGUGCAUGUUCUGCUUGUUAA